UUUCGCUUAGAAACGGUGUGGAAAACCAGGCAUACACAUAAAACACAGCCAUGACUGCCGGGCAAUGGGUGGGGGUGGCUGAGCUGGUGCUCCGGGUGCUGGGGGUCAAAAGGGGAGCUAGCUUGGCUUGCCUGGGGAUGUGCGUGCUCUUCUUCGCCAGCACCACGCACGCGAACUCCCUGAACGCCAUCGAGGAGCCCGUCACCCGGCGUCACCACCAGCGACAUCACGAGCGGGAACGCGAACGGGAGGAGAACGGCUACUGCGCUCCGUACAGCGGAAAGGUGUGCAAGGAGUACCUCACCGGCCAGGUGUGGUACAGCCUAGAUGAUCCCACCGGCGGAUGGAAGAACGAGCAGGUGACCACGGCGCUCUGGGACGAGCUCAUCUCCGAUCUCACAGGUCUGUGCCGCGAGGCUGCCGAGAAAAUGCUCUGCGCCUAUGCCUUUCCCAACUGCCACUUAGAGGGUGGUCGAGCUGUGAAGGCUCCCCUGUGCUUCGAGGACUGUCAAGCCACGCACCUGCAGUUCUGCUACAACGACUGGGUGCUCAUCGAGGAGAAAAAGGAGCGCAACAUGUUCAUCAAGAGCCGCGGGCACUUCCGGUUGCCCAACUGCUCCUCCUUGCCGCACUACAACGCCUCCAUGCGGCGGCCCAACUGCUCCUAUAUCGGUCUCACCGAGCUCAAGGAGUCGGAAGUGAGCUAUGACUGCCGAAAUGGCAACGGGCGCUUCUACAUGGGAACAGCAAACGUGUCGAAGUCCGGUAUUCCUUGCCAGCGCUGGGAUACUCAGUUCCCCCACAAGCACUUCCAACCUCCUCUGGUCUUCCAUCAGCUCCUGGAGGGCGAGAACUACUGCCGGAAUGCGGGUGGCGAGGAACCGCAUCCCUGGUGCUAUACUGUGGAUGAAUCAGUUCGCUGGCAGCACUGCGAUAUACCCAUGUGUCCGGACUACGUUGACCCCAAUGCCGGCGAUUUGAAUACGCCGAUAAAGAUGGAAAAGUUCUUCACGCCCUCGAUGAUUUUCCUGCUGGCUGGGAUUGGUUUCGUGGCCAUCGUGGCCCUGCACCUAAUGAUCCUGCUCGUUUACAAGCUGUCCAAGCAUAAGGACUACUCCCAACCCCCAGGAGCAGCCACUGCCGAUUGCAGUGUUUCCAUGCGUGGAGUAGGAGAGUGCGGCGGGAAUCUGAACACCAGUCGGGAAACUCUCGGAGGCAAUGGGAACACCAAUACCUUGGCCAAGUGGGGCACCAUCCGAAGCACUGCCACGGUCCACAGCAAUUGCGUGGCUCUUACCACAGUGACCAAUAUCCCGGAUGGGAAGGGCUCGAAACCAAAUGCGCGCCUGGAGAAGCUGGAGUACCCACGUGGGGACAUAGUUUAUGUGAGAUCCCUGGGGCAAGGAGCUUUCGGUCGAGUCUUCCAGGCCAGAGCUCCUGGACUUGUCCCCGACCAGGAGGAUCUCCUAGUGGCCGUGAAGAUGCUCAAGGACGACGCCAGCGAUCAGAUGCAAAUGGAUUUCGAGCGCGAGGCCUGUCUGCUGGCCGAGUUCGAUCAUCCCAACAUCGUCCGGCUGCUGGGCGUGUGCGCCUUGGGCAGACCCAUGUGCCUACUGUUCGAGUACAUGGCGCCCGGCGAUCUCAGCGAGUUCCUGCGUGCCUGCUCCCCAUAUGCCACCCACCAGGCGCCGACACGGGAUCGCCUACAGCUGAAUGAGCUACACCUGCUGCAGAUGGCCGCCAACAUUGCAGCGGGCAUGUUGUAUCUCUCCGAGCGGAAGUUCGUCCACCGGGAUUUGGCCACGAGGAAUUGCCUAAUCAACGAGCACAUGGCAGUGAAGAUCGCCGACUUUGGGCUCUCUCACAAGAUCUAUCUGCAGGACUACUACAAGGGCGAUGAGAACGACUUCAUCCCGAUCCGCUGGAUGCCACUCGAGAGCAUCCUGUACAACAAGUUCUCACUGGAGUCUGAUGUGUGGGCCUACGGCAUCUGCCUGUGGGAGGUCUUCUCCUUCGCUCUGCAGCCGUACUUCGGGUUGACCCACGAGGAGGUGAUCAAGUACAUCAAGGAGGGCAACGUGCUCGGCUGUCCAGACAACACGCCGCUUUCCGUCUACGCACUGAUGCGUCGCUGCUGGAACCGCAAGCCAAGUGAACGUCCGGGUUUCGCCGAGAUCAACCACUGCAUCCAGCACAGCAUCGCGGAGAGUGAGUGCAAAGCGAUGCUCUAAAGGAUCGCCGGCGGAGUCGAGGAAAGAAAUCAGUGUACCACAGAACGAUCGUCCGCCGUCUUCCGGGGCAUCCAAUAGAACCGUAUAUAUACACGCCAGGGUGGGAGGAUAAAUCUUAGAUAGGAAUGUCAUCUAUGGUUAAGUUAAAUUCAAUGCUUUAUUAUAACGUUAUUUAAAAAUAAUUGGCACACUCGUAUAUCUUCUAAAGUGAGUUUAAAUUUACUUUAUAAUAAUUUAAUUGUUUUUUGUAUCUUAUCCAAGAAACCUCUAAUUGAAAAUUACGUUUAAUGUAUACAUCCUUAGAACUCUAUAGAUGACACUCCUAGACUAUAAUUAUUGAAUUCAACCCACCUUAUUACACACUCUUUUAUGCUAACAUAUGCAAAUUGAUUUGAAAUAUUGCACAAGGUGAGAUCAGAAGGGCAACAGGAUUGUGAUUAAGUUAGUUUCAAGACCACUCCAUAUCUUUAAGAAAUCGCUCCGGUACUAAGUCUUUCAAUUGAUGCUUCCUCACCAAACUUUGUUUACUUGAUUCAGACACUAUUUUGAUAUAUUUAUAUCCACUGAUCUCUCGUAACCAAUCGAAUAGUCUGCCACAACGAACGCAUCAUCAACGUUUCGUACUCAUAUCUAGUCUGUAGUUUAAGUUUAUCUAUAUGCGCAUAUGUAGAUUGCAUUUUAAUGGGAUUAAUUUUUGACUAGGCUUAAGCUCUGCCAUCGCAGCACUCCACAAAGAUCCCUGAUCGCUGGGUGGGAAAAACAGGAACCACACACCGGAGGCCAUCAAAACAAUAAGUUGUAUGAGAUAUGGAAUAUUUAGAGAACUGUCUACAGCCCGAAUUUCUGGGUAACUUUACAUAAUCUUUGUAACUAAAACAACGUGUUGAUUGUAAUUUGUAUAAAUAAACCAUCCAUAACCGUAUCA